AUUCUAUGUAACAUCCUUUCUCGUCAGUGUAAACGGAAGUGAAGUGAACAGAACCGAAGAACAUUUCCACUUAUCGUUUUUAUUGUUGUUAUUUAGACGCGUAUUUACCGGCACAGCAUCACAUACGUACCCCCAUGCAGUCUUUAAUUCGUGUUGGAGACAGGACUUGGUUCAUAGAUGUUAACUAGGUAACACGAGCGAGCUGCUAACAAUGGCUAACUGUAUGGUUUUUCACACUCAAAUAGCCUCCAUCAUGGAGGUGCUAGCAAAUGCAGCUGUGGCAGACAUCUGUAAACUCGUAGACGACGACUAUGCAGUGUUUCGUUUGGAAAUAACUCAAAGCCAGAAAGAAAACAGGGCAUUGCGGAGGAAACUACAGCUACUGGAACUGAAGGUGUCACGGGAGCGCGCAGAGAGGACAAUGCGAGAGCGCGUCCUCGCCAGUCGUCCCAGUAGUGUCAAGAUCCUCGACCGAUACAGAGGAAUGGCAAGAGGUACGUUUCGCAGAAGGCCGAUGCUGCGCGGCCUUAGGCGUUCAUAUGUACAGUAGCUCCACUGGUGGAAAAAGUACCCAGUUGUCAUACUUGAGCAAAAGUAAAGAUACCUUAUUAGAAAAUGACUCAAGUUAAAAGUCAACCAGUAACUUAUAAACCCAGGGUCGUCACACUUCUCCCUCCUUUCGAGAGCGCGUCCUCGCGCUAGCUUGCGACUCUACGUCUUACAGGAACGCGCUCACCGGCCAAGCACACGCACUGUCGUGGAUGCAAGGUCCGAUCCCACUUCUGACACUAGUGUAAUGAAACAGCAGGGAGCAGGUCUCGACCCCGGGGUCCGGGGCGCUAUCGACUGUGCCGCAAAAGCAUGCUCGUUCGGCUGAGUCGAUUUCCGCGCUUAUAAACCCAGGGUCGUUACAAUACUACUUGAGUAAAAUACUUAAAGUCUUUGGUUUUAAAUAUACUUAAGUAUCAAAAGUAAAUAUAAUUUCCAAAAUAUACUAAAGUAUAAAAAAGUAAAAGUAUAAAUAAUUUUAAAUUCCUUAUAUUAAGCAAACCAGACUGCACGUUUUCUUGUUAUUUUAAUGUAGAGAUAGCCCUGUGGCACACUCCAACAUAAUUUACAAACGAAGCAUGUGUGUUUAAUGAGUCCACCAGAUCAGAGGCAGUAAGAUGAACAGAUAAGUUCUCUUGAUAAGUGCUUGAAUUGGACCAUUUUCCUGUCCUGCUAAGCACUGAAAAUGUAAGGAGUACUUUUGGGUGUCAGGGAAAAUGUAUAGAGUAAAAAGUACAUCAUCUUCUUUAGGAAUGUAGUGAAGUAAAAGUACAAGUUGUCAAAAAUACAAAUAGUAAAGUAAAGAUACUGCCGCAGGUUUCCCUCUGCCCAUGUGUUCAGAUGUAGAUUGUAACACCAGAUGUGAUUUAAGCAACAACAAAAAUGAUGGUAUGCAGGCAUUAUACUGGGAGUUACAUGUUUGCCUAUACAAAGCAUAGCCAGAGAUUUUCCAGCUAACCUGGUAUUGGCAAUACUAUCUUCAUUCUCAAUUGGUGGAAACAGGAGUCUCCUAAAAUGUUUGUGUCCAAUGGCAGAGGCUCCGUUUGAAUGUAGAAAAUGCUCCAUUAUUAAAAAUAAAUCAAUGUUUUGCUCCAUUUUGUAAUCCAACAAUGUGUGCGCCACCAUCUUGUCUAUUUCAAUUCUUCUCUCAUUGAUGAGACAGGUGUCUGUCAUGCAGCACUUUGGGGUGGACCCCCACCUGUCUCGAUCAAGGAGAGAAGAUUUGAAAUACACAAGUUGUUGGAGUACACAUUCUUGGAUUAGUUAAUGGAGUACUUCAUGGAUUCUUUAUUUGACACAUUUUCUAAAUUCAAACGGACCCCCUGCCACUGGACACUGACAUUUUAUGACACUAUUUCCACAAAUCGAGAACGAAGAUGGUAUUGCCAAUACCAGCUUUGUUAAAACAUCUCUGCAGACGUUUUGUAUAGCCAGACCUGUAACUCCCAGUACAAUGGAUACCAAAAUGUUUGGGUUAAAUCACAUUAUCUGUAACUAAUAAUUCCCCUGAUUACUUAGCCAUCUUGGGCAAAGACACCAUAUUCUAUCCUGAUUCUUGAUUUACUGCAUUUCCGAUUAUAUACUCAAUUAAAACAAUGUGAUACAUGGAACAUAAUCGGCAUGGACGAUUAAUUAGGGCCGAUUUCAAGUUUUCAUAACAAUCGGUAAUCAGCCUCUUUGGAUGCCGAUUAUGGCUGAUUACAUUGCAAUCCACGAGGAAACUGUGUGGCAGGCUGACCGGUUACGGGAGUGCAGCGUCAAAAGGACCUUGUGGCUGCAUGGAGCCAAGGUGAAGGACAUCUCACUGGAGGCCACAGGAGCUUUGUGAAGCCAGCGGGACACAAUACAUGGAGAGAUGACCAACCAAUCACUGUUGAUGAGGGCAAUGGAACCUCAACCCAGCACAUUAUCGUGAUGGAGUCUGCAGAUACAGAGGCUGCAGGUCCUGGGGUGAAGCAGGAGAGGUCUGAAAGAAAGGAGGACCUACAGCAUAGCAUAAACAUCCAGACUGGAACGGCUGGAGCACCCCCUAUAGCAACGGAGGACUCCACCACCGCCCCAACGCAGCCCAGAGCCGGCUCAGAGUAUUUACCGGUAUUUCACCAGAUCCAGAGGACGGUUCAUUCCCGUGGAGAGGGUGACGCACUAGUCACUGGCAUUGAUGAUCCAUCAUGUUCUUACAGUACAGAGAUGGACCCUGGCAACAUGCCCUUGGGUUUAGAGACACAGACUGAUCUGUCUAAAGGGGAAUGGAACCGGUACAGCAGUAGUAUAUACUCUGAAGGGUGCCUAGAUAAGAAAGGGGAAUGUCUGGUUGUAGAUGAGGUAAUUGUGAAAGUGGAGGGCGACGCUUCUCUCACAUGGAAUCCAGAUCGUCACCUAGGUGACGGACACUCACAGGGCAGAGAUUUCUUAGAUUACAGGGAAAGCUUAGAGACAAAUCCAAAUGUUGCGACCCACUCCCCUGUACACAUUCUCAGGGAUUGCGACCCAGUGUCCACGUCGAUGGGGCAUUCUGAUUCACACACCCACAUCCUUUUCAAUCAGGUAUUGAACGCAAACGACAUGGCUAGAGCCCAGGCUCGGGGAGGGGGAGCCACAUCAGGCAAUAGUAAAGAGAAACGGUUUCUCUGCAUGUUCUGCAACAAAGGCUUCAGCUGCCCCCAGAAGGUGGAGAUCCACCAGAGGGUCCACACAGGGGAGAAACCUUUCAGCUGUACCCAAUGUCACAUGCGCUUCGCUGAGGCUGGCAGCCUGAAGAGGCACCAGAGGGUCCACACAGGGGAGAAACCCUACAGCUGCCCCCAGUGUGAGAAGAGGUUCUCCCACCAGCACCAUCUGAAGAGGCACUUGAAGGUCCACACGGAAUAGAGGCCGUUCGCCUGUAAGCACUGUCGGAGGAGGUUCUCAGAGGAGCUUCCUCAGGAUUUCACUCUAUAACAUAGAAAGUAACCAUUCCAUUCAAUGGCUUCUGAAGUUCAAACCCUGCCCUAAAGAUAGACUCAGCGAGAUGACGUAGAUCAAUUUCCACAACAUCAAAGAGCAUUUUGGGAUAAAUGCACCUAAAAAGUCUUAACAUAAUUUAGCCUACACUCUUGUUCACAAAUUUCAUUACUUCCAUUCAACAACUUUUAUUAUUUAUUUUCUGACCACUUUUUCUCCCCAAUUUCCUGGUCUUGUCCCAUUGCUGCAACUCCUAUACGGACAAGGUCGAGUCACGUUCUCCGAAACACAACCCAGCCGAGCCGCUUCUUGACACAAUGCCGCUUAACCCAGAAGCCAGCCACACCAAUGUGUCGGAGAAAACACUGUACACCUGGCGACCAUGUCAGCGUGCAUUGGGCCCGGCCCGCCACAGGAGUUGCUAGAGCGCGAUGGGUCAAGAACAUCCCUGCCGGCCAAACCCUCCCCUAACCCGGGUGAUGCUGAGCCAAUUGUGUGCCACCCCAUGGAUCUCCCGGUUGUGGCCGGCUGCGACAGAGCCUGGACUCGAACCAGGAUCUCUUGUGGCACAGCUAGCACUGUGAUGCAGUGCCUUGGACCACUGAGCCACUCGGGAGGCCAUCAAUAAACACUUUUAAUGAGAACAUUUAUGCAGAUCAUUAAGUUACUGCAGAUUUGUAGUUGAGAUGUGUAUGUGUGGUUUUCAUAUGGUGUAUUUAAAACGUGUUUGUUUAAUAAACAGAAAAUAGGACUUUCA